AUGGCAGCCUUACUACAUGCCAUACAGCACGCCGCUGCUCUCCGGAGAGAGAGGGUAUUUCGCGAUCGGAGGCAUCCCUUGGACCUAUACGACGACGAACAAAUGUUCAAGUUGUAUAGGUUCAGCAGGCAGGGAUGCCUCCACCUGAUCAACAGACUAUCCAGAAGGAUCCAACAUAGUACCCGGAGAAACCACGCAUUACCACCAAGCUUGCAGGUUUUCGUCGCUCUUCGUUUUUUCGCCACCGGCUCUGUGAUGGACUGCACUAGCUGCAUCCAUGGCAUCCACAUCUCUACUACAUCUAGAACGGUGCGGAGAGUCGCUCUAGCCCUCGGCGAGCUCCGGGACGAGGUGAUCAAGUUCCCGGAAACCAUGGAAGAAGUCAAAACAGCGCAGGUCGAUUUUUUUAACCUCGCUGGAAUGCCCAACGUUGUCGGGGCCGUCGACGGGACUCACGUUGAACUGCAUGGGGCUCCCCUCGACGACGAGUACAUCUAUACGAAUCGGAAGGGCAAGCACUCCAUAAACGUUCAGCUUAUUUGCAAUGCGAGGUACAAGAUAACCAACGUGUGUGCAAGAUGGCCUGGGAGCACUCACGACAGCCGAGUAUUGAGGAACAGUCGCAUUGGAGAGCGUUUCGCAGACGGAGAGCUACCUGGCAUCUUGGUUGGAGAUUCCGGCUACCCCCUCCAGCCUUGGCUAAUCACCCCACUACGGGACCCACAAGGCAAUGCUGAAAGAAAUUACAACAGGGCACACUGCAGAACACGUGUCACCAUAGAACAAUUGAAUGGGCAAUUGAAAAACAAAUUCAGGUGCCUGAUGGGACAAGGGAUCCAGAUGUCUGCACCAAGAGCAUGCGACAUCAUAAUUGCCUCUUUAACAUCGCCAAAGACCUUAAAGAACCGGAACAAGCCAUCGAAGUGGAACCGGAUGAAGUGCCACACCACCCCGCAGAUCAGAACCAGCUGA